AAUUCUUCCAGGAAACAUUUCGACGAUAUUGAAGAAGCAGGAAGCUGUUUCGUGUGCAAUGAAACUGUCUCUUUUGCAAUUUAAUCAUUAACCGACAAAUAACAGCUCGCGAGAGGCCGAGCGGCCGAAGAACGCGCGCGGCAGACGGUCACAGUGGCGCUGCGGUCACUCGUCGCCACACAGCGCAGCGCGGCGCAGCGCAGCGCAACUUUCUCGCGCUGGACUUCCGCUGCACGUCAACUUGGUGUCUCUCUGUGAACCGGUCUGUCCAGUCGCUCGCGUACAGGAUGUUUCGCGCUCACUGUGACGAGUGUGUUGCCAAACACGCGAAGAAGUGCACAACUCCCUAGGGAAGGAACUGCAGCUGUGCGGCGCGGGGCAGAGCGCGAAAGCGCCGCGCGCGCGACGCAUACCAACGACGCCGCGUUCGGCACGAGGGGCCGCGGAGAAAGCGACCGAGACCGAGAUGGACUGACACACAAAACGGAUACACACACACACACGCACGCACGCUGAAAGAGGAGAGAGAUACUACUGCGGUCAUCAUCCAGUCAGUGGUCGGAACGGACACGCGACGCGAUGGACUCGACGCUGGCGGCGCGUGAUGAUCCGCAGGCGCUCGGCUGCUGCAGCGGGGAAGUUCGCCCGUAAAAGAAGCGGCGCUGCGGUUUCGGCCCUGAGUCGGACGCGACGCUCGUUCCCCGCGACGGCGCACAGAUCUGCUCAUGGUUUACACCAUGCUCCCCCGGAGUAUGCGCACCGCUGAUAUGGACCUGCCAGGGGUCGGCUCCAAGGAUGUGCCCCUCAUUGGCUACCGGCCUCUGCAACCUGAGACUGACAGCUCCGGAGAGGAGCCCGGGAGAGCGACUGACAACAGGCACUUGGACACGCAACAGGUGGAUUCUUCAUCCAUGAAGACAACGUGGUACUGCCCGUUAGACCUGUCCUCAGUGUCAGAGGAGGAAGAGGAUGGGGUGAUCUACACAGUAGUGGUUCGACCAUCCUCCGGAACUCCCAUCCGUUCAGGGCGAACUCCGCCGCUCCAUGGCUCACGCAGCCAGUGUGUCAAAGCGGGCACCGAGGAGAAGCUGGUCCUUCACCUGCUCCGCUCCUUCUCCGUCGGCGACGGCUCGUUCGUCUCCGUCUUCCUGGCCACCUAUCGCUCCUUCACCACCGCCCGGAGGGUGCUGGACAUCCUGACCGACAGACUGCAGAGCCCGCCGGGGGGAAAUAAAGCCAGUCCGAACAGGACGGCCUUUAACAAGGCGGUGUGCGCGGUCUUCGCCACGUGGCUCGACGAGUACAAAGAGGACUUCUUGUCGCUUGGGGAUCCCGACCCCAUCCUUCGACUCGUCCCGCUCCUCCCCGCUGAACUCUCUGGUUCCGAGGUGAAGAAGAGAUUGUUGAAAAUCGCGGAAGAACUCAGCGAAAGAACACUGCUGUCCGACUCACCCACAGACAGCGUGACCUCCUUGAUUUCUCCAACGGCUACUCAGACGUCCAAGUUUGAUGCCACCAACAUUUUGGGCUUCCCGGCAGAGCUGAUCGCCGAACAGCUGACUAUGAUAGAGACAGAAUUAUUUGUACGUCUGGUACCCUACCACUGCUUGGGCUCUCUGUGGUCCCAGCGGGACAAGAAGGGUCGAGAGGGUGUGUGCUGGUCGGUCAGGGCCACAGUCAAGCAGUUCAACCGCCUGGCCAAUGCCGUCACAGCCUCUUGCCUGUGGGAUACGAGCCUGCAGAGCCAGCAAAGGGCCCGGCUGCUGGAGAAAUGGAUCCGUGUGGCUGAGGAGUGCCAUAGGAGGAAGAACUUCUCUUCUCUCUACGCUAUUGUGUCUGCCUUGCAAAGCAACCCUCUUCACCGACUGAGGAAGACUUGGGUGGAGACGGACAGGGAGGCGGUGAAGAGGUACGAAGAGCUCUCAGACAUUUUUUCUGAGAAGGACAACUAUUCCCAGUGCAGGGAAUUGCUCAAAGAGCAAUCCCCUGUCAAUGUGGAUACCAAGGUGAACAACAGGAGGAGAACUGGGUCUGUAACCCGGGGCACUGUACCAUACCUGGGUAUCUUCCUCACGGACCUCACCAUGCUCGACACUGCAGUCAAGGACAACCUGGAGAAUGGAUAUAUCAACUUUGACAAACGAAGACGCGAAUUUGAAGUAUUAUCCCAAAUAAAACAUCUACAGUCCACAUGUAAAAACUGCUCGUUCUUCCGCGAUGAGGAAUUUCUGGAGUGGUACCAUAGUGUCCCAACUCUAAAUGAGGAAGAGAGUUACAGGCUGUCCAAUCAGAUCGAGGCAGCUACGGAACCGAACCCUGGUCGAGCCUUGAACCCCACAGUUGUCAUCACACAAUGCGGAGAUAUUUUGUCUUCAGUGGCUAGUUCAGCUCUUGAGAACGAAAGCGUCUUUGAUUUCCCCUCACCUAUGAACCACCUACUGUCUAAACUUGCAAAACACAUGAAAUCACCUUCGGUCUCCUGUCUGGAUGUUGACACCUCGCCCCCGCCUGCCGACCCCAGUCCUGCCUCGCUAACCCCGGCCAGCGACACCGUCAAAUCGCACCGACGCUCCGUCUCCUGCGGUAACACUCCCACCAGUAAAAGCCAGGAAGCCGGGCCAGAUAUGCGGAUCAUCAGGAUACGGAUGGAUUUACAAGAUGGAAAUUUGUAUCGCAGUAUACUGGUGACGAGCAAUGACAAGACCCCGUCUGUGAUCAGCCACGCGCUAGAGAAGCACAAUCAGGACCCAAAGGAGGCGCCCAGAUGCGAGCUCAUCCAGCUGCUGCCCGGCGGAAAAGAACUGAAAAUACCCGCUGCGGGAAACGUCUUCUACGCUAUGAGCUCAUCCAGCGUCGACUUCCUGUUGAGAAGGCAGGGGACGAGCACACCCGCCGGCCCGCACGCGGUCGGCACGGAGACCAGCGCCACCUUCCCGAGAAUCAAAGCGAAGGGGCGGAGUCUCGUCAAGACUCUGUUUUGACUUGCCUUCCUCACCUAGGGCGUUCAGGCCAUCUGGAAUCGCAGCUAGUAGACUCACUCCAGGAAUGUAACCAGCAAGUAGUGAACGUGGCUACUUACGGUGCGAGUGGGUGGUUUUGCCGUGGAUUAGUUUAAAAAAAAAAAACGUCUCCGGUCCUCCCGUCAAGUAUGAUUCUUGUGGCCGGGAAGCUGUUUCAAAUCAAAGGCUUCACGAAUGGCCCAAUAUGACACUAUCGAGGACGCUGGUUUCCCGUUAUAUGUUCAGCACAUUAAGUGACCUUAAUGACUUACGUGAGACUAUAACCCCAGCGGUGGGAAACAAUUCUCAUGUACAGCCGUGGCCUCAGUUUACAUACUAUGCAAGUGUAAACCCAGAAAGGAAUGAGUGAAACACCACAAAAACACCACGCCCUAUAUGAAGCUGUACCUUACUAAAGGAAUUCUCUGUCUACCUCAUAGGGGAACUUUCAUAAUCGCUCCAAGUUUAUUUUUAGUCAUAAAUUUUAGGCUCAUUCACCAGACCCUUGGAUCAGGUUUCAUGUUCCACAUCUCAGGCAGAUAUUAGCGUUUCACACUUGAAAAAAAGACCUUCAGAGGUAAAUGUAGAUGUCGCGAUGUUUCGUAGGCAACUGUUUUUUUUGGUAUCGGCUUUGCGAUUAAAAAAUCUGCUAUGAGUGUAUUAAAUUGGGUGCCUGCUGGCCGGUUUUCCAGCAGCAGCAGCAGCAGCAGCAGCAGCAGCAUCGCUUUUGGGUGGAAAGUGUUCAUUAGUGGCUGUUGCACAGUUUCACUGGUAUGAUGAGGUGACAGAGAAUGACAGCAAGAGAACUGACAUUCACAGCUCUGCAAGCCUGGCACAGGCUGACAAUGAGUGAAGUUCUUGUUAAAAGAAAAAAGAAGAAAAAAAAAAAAAAAGCAUAUUCCAAGAAAUAAAAUGUACACUUUAUUUUUGGUACUUUGCAAUACACUAUUAUUUUUACAGAAAUUUUCACGUCUAUCUGAGUAUUUAUCUGAAUAUAAUGAAUGUUUAUUAGGAUUUGUUGAUGCUAAAAUUUGUUUACAUUCCCAUCAAAGUUUCCAAACAGAUUUUUAGGCAUCUUGGAGAUACUGUCCGCUGUAACAUAUGAGGUUAUCUGCAAGGGGUAUGUUUGUCAAGAAACCUUUGGUAUUUAUAGUUUUAGGGACGAAAUGGAAUAACGUGCAUUGGAACCAAAAGGACCAAGAGUACUCACUAAUGAGAAGGUCAAUAUUGUCCAUUGUAUUUGCGCAGUGUCAUAAUGCUUUUUGUGGGACAUUAAAAUGUGGGCUAAGCUAACAAAACGGAUACAAGAUGCAAAAUUUCAAUUACGCAACAUUUUUCCAGUGCUUUCAGGUGAUCUUUGUUUUGUCAUCUCUCAUUCAUUAACUCCAAGUAAAAUUCACACAGCACCAUGCUUCAUAUUAAAAUGUAUAGGGUCUGUAUAACAAAAAGGUUAUUUUAACUGCCUGUAUUUACUGACAUACUGCACUGUAUUUAGUUAAUGUGGUCUAUGAAAAUGUAUUCGCCGGUAGUGUAGGGGUUAGAGCUCAUGCCUUUGGGCCCAGAGAUUGCAAAUUUGAAUCUCUCUCCAGCUGUAGUACCCUUGAGCAAGGUGUUUACCCUAAAUUGCUUCAGUAAAAGAAGAAAAAAUAGCGGCCUGUAUAAAUGGGUAAAUAGUUUUAAGUUUCUCUGAAGAAAAGUGCCAAACUAAUGCAAAUGUAGUAAGAAUUACAGUAUAUGCUCACGUUAGAAUCAGUGCUCUAUGUCCCAAACGUGAAUAAAUAUGGACAGUUACAACACUUCUGAUGACCCUUUACACCAUCCAUGACUCUACAGUUCACCCAGAACAGCUGUGCUACUCCUUUUAUAUUUAUCAAACCUCAAGAAAUACUUUUUCUAAUAGGCCGAUGCUUGACUGAAACACUGUGAAAGAGGAGCUCCUCUUCUUGAUCGAACAGAAAAACACUACUGCUCAAAUUGGAGUUUAAGGGUCAGCUGUUCGCACCGAGCUCUCGAGAACAUUGCGGUGGAGAGUAGAGCUGCAACGUGAGCCGGCUCUUGCUAAUGAAGUAACUCGAUGAGUGCGACCGAGGUAAAAUCGGCAUGUGUCGAACGUGGCUGUCGGACCACCUGUUGUGAGCUCCGAUCCCACCCGGUGCCGCGCUGAUGAAGUCCGUACGCUUAGGCAGCCGCGGUGUGCGGAUUUGAGGCCCGGCCCUGGUGUUACAGUUCGGCUCAUUUUCCGAGCGGGAGGUGUAAUAUGCUACGGUAAACUGUACCCGUGGCAAAUACGCACCGAUAAACAUAAUGUACAGUGUGGUAGAUGAUACGGAUUGCUAGAAUUCUUGGUCUAACUGUACUUCACAUCUGAGAAACCCAGAGCGUUCGGCACUUGGACAGUUAGCCAACAUCCCUCUGAUGGUUGUGUAGAAACCAGAGCGGGGACACCCUCCGGUGGCAACAUGGUCUGAGAUUAUUGAGUUUUACUUCUUUUGCUGUUUUUCUUUAUUAGGAAUCUCCUAAAACUUGUUUGCCUUUGCUUAAUGCCAUGAAAAUAUGCUCAAGAUUGCGCAUAUUGCCUGGCAAACCCUAGCCAUGCCGUUUAUGGAUUCCGCUGGCUGUGUUUGUACCAUGUCUUUGUAGACACUUCUGCA